GCCCCGAAGCGAUCAAUAGUUGGCCGCCUGCUGCAAAUUGACUGCAGUGUUCCCGGAGUAGUCCCCGGCAACAAAAUUGGUGUGGGAUUGACAUGUAAAAGGGGCAAAGCCGCGUGUCAGAUGUGCUUCACAGGAGGAUCCAGGGCUGGGGGAUCUGCCAGAGCUGGAGGAGGAUGCUGCGACAAGUCGUGCACUCAGGGCUGAAGGGAUGCUUUUACAGCUUGGGAUUAUUCGUGAGCAGACACCCCGUCUUCUUCCUGACAGUCCCCUCCAUCCUGACCAUCCUCUUCGGGGCGACCUUCCUCAACAGAUUCCAGCGUGAGACCGACCUGGAGUUGCUGGUGGCGCCCAAGCACAGCCUGGCCAAGAUCGAGCGGACCCUGGUCAACAGCCUGUUCUCCAUCAACCAGUCGAAACACAACCUGUACUCGGACCUGCACACCCCGGGCAGGUACGGGAGGGUCAUCUUCAGGUCCCGGUCCGGGGCUGACGUCCUGGAGGGAGCGGAUCGGAUCCUGCGGCUGCACAGAGCGGUGCUGGAGAUGCGCGUCAACGCGUCCGACUUCAGCUAUUCCUUCUCUCAUAUCUGUCUGUGGCGGAGCAGCGACGAGAGGUGCGUUCUCGACGAUAUCAUCGAACUAUUGGAAGAUCUUAGUCAAGCGGCUCUGUCUAAUAGUACAGGACCGAGGAAGUCAUUGCGCUAUCCUAAUGCUAAAUUAAAGGAUGGCAGGGUGACUUUUAUCGGACAUCAACUUGGAGGCGUGAUCCUCGUCCCCAACAGUAGAGACCACCAAGUCAAAUCAGCUGGAGCCGUUCAGAUCACCUACUACCUGCAAAACUACGGGUCUGCCUUACAAGAUAUUGCAGAGAAAUGGGAAACUGAAUUCAGCCAUCUUGUACGCAGAUUUCAGCAAGAGUACAGUGAUUUGCUGUUGGACUCCCUGACAUCUUCUGGUCUUAGGAAGGACUUCUAUAAGACCAAUACUGUAGCCAGGACUGAAGUGGUGGUGAGUCUUGUGCUGGUGUUGAUCGCUGCCACUCUCUCCAGUGCAAUGAGGGAUUGCCUACGCAGCAAGCCCUUCCUAGGACUGCUUGGGGUUAUCACAAUCUGCCUUUCUACUGUUACUGCAGUCGGGAUAUUCAUCAGCACUGAUGGCAAAUACAACUCCACUCUCCUGGGAAUCCCUUUCUUUGCUAUGGGUCAUGGAACCAAAGGGGUGUUUGAGCUUUUAGCUGGAUGGCGGAGAGCAAAAGAAGACCAGCCAUUUAAGGAAAGAAUAGCGGCUGCAUAUUCUGAUGUGAUGGUGUCCUACACUAUGACGAGCUCACUCUACAUCAUCACCUUCGGUAUGGGUGCAAGCCCAUUCACGAAUAUUGAAUCUGUUAAAAUUUUCUGUCAGAACAUGUGUGUCACUGUUCUGGUGAACUACUUCUAUGUUUUUUCCUUUUACGGUUCAUGCUUGGUCUUUGCUGGGCAGCUGGAACAGAACCGCUACCAUAGUAUAUUUUGCUGUCGAAUUCCCUCUCCUGAAUAUUUAGCUUCUAGGCCAGUCUGGUUCAAAACCAUGAUGAAUGAUGGAUACCAGCCAUCCACUUCCCACGAAAGUGAUCCCUAUCAAAAACAUUUCAUUCAGCGUUUUUUAAGGGAGCACUACACUGAAUGGAUCACUAAUACAUAUGUCAAGCCUUUUGUCGUGUUGUUAUACCUGAUUUAUGUGUCAUUUUCCUUUAUGGGAUGUUUACAAAUCAGUGAUAGGUUAAAUCUUGUUAACAUGCUCGCUAGUGAUUCACAAAGUGUUUCUUUCACAGUAGCCCAGCAAAAGUAUUUCAGUAACUACAGCCCAGUGAGGUUUUAUAUUUACGAGCCAAUAGAAUACUGGAAUGCAACAAUACAAGAAGACUUACAAGUAAUUAGCAGGGGCUUUAUCAGAAUAUCGUGGAUUGAACAUUACUUGCAUUAUUUGAAAAAAAUGAAUUUUACAGUACUAACCAAAAGCGAUUUCAUCAACAUUCUGUCAACUUCUUUUUUGAAGCAACCUGAGUUUCGAAACUACAUGGAUGACAUCAUUUUUUCAAAGACAUCAGAAGAAGUGGACAUCAUUGCAUCUCGUGUGUACAUGGUGGCCAGAACUGCAGAGAACAUACAUGAAGAAAUGAUCGAUCUACUGGAAACACUACGGAAACACUCACUCAUUUCUAGGAUUAAAUAUAUUGUGUUCAAUCCAACCUUUGUUUUCAUGGAUCGAUACAGCUCCUCCAUCACUUCGCCAAUCCUGAACUCAAGUAUCAGUGUCCUGAUCAUUCUAGUGCUGACUAUUUCUUUAGUUAUUAGUGCUUUGGGUAACAUCUGGGUGAUACUUAGUGUAACAUCAAUGGAGUUUGGUGUGGUUGGAUUUAUGACACUAUGGAAAGUAGAUAUGGACAGCAUCUCAAUCUUGUGCCUUAUCUACUCCCUGAACUAUGCCAUAGACCACUGUGCACCUCUGCUUUUUACAUUUGUUUUAGAAAAGGAGCGUACCAGGACUCAGUGUAUCAAAAACUCUUUAGAAUGGAAUGGAGCAGCCAUUUUACAGAGUAAUAUUUGCUUUCUUUUAGGGUUAAUACCCCUGUUUUUCGUGCCUUCGAAUCUGACCUUCACACUGUUUAAGUGUUUACUUCUCACAGCCAUCUGCACACUGCUACAUUGCUUUGUUAUAUUACCUGUAUUUUUGACAUUUUUCCCUCCAUCCAAAAAACGACACAAGAAAAAGAAACGCGCAGAGAGGAAAGAGGAGAUUGAAUGUGUAGAGAUACGAGAUAAUCCAGGAAUGGUUGACCAUGUCACCACAGUUUGA